CAGGACGGGCUGCAGUGUUCCAGCUGUUAGUGCAUUCAAAGCAGGAUUCAUUAUUCAACGUUAUGGAGAAAAUACUGCUCUCCCUUCUGCUUCUUGUGAAAGGAACUGAAAUACUGGCACAGAAAGAUAUGGAUGGGAAAGUGUUCCUAUUUUACGAAGAAACAAAUAAUUCUUACGUGCACCUGAUGCCUGAGAAGAAUGGUCCCUUUAAUGCAUUCACUGUUUGUCUGAGAUUCUACACUAUUUUGGCCCGGGAAUAUUCACUGUUCUCUUUUGCUACACCAUCCAAAGAUAACGAUCUGCUCCUCUUUAUUUACCCUAAUCAACGCCAGCUUUCAUUGAGUGUGGGUAACCAAGAUUUGUACUUUGAUUUAAAAGAAGAAAAUAUAAUGCAGUGGAAAAGCAUCUGCGUGAGUUGGGAAUCCUCCACUGGUGUUGUGGUGCUUUGGGUCAAUGGAACGCCAUAUCCAAGAAAGGUGUUCCAAAAAGGCUACAGUAUCAAUGCAAACCCAAUAAUUAUGAUUGGGCAAGAACAAGAUUCAUACGGGGGUAAAUUUAACAAUAAACAAUGCUUUGUUGGAGAGAUUUCUGAUGUACAAAUGUGGGAUAGUGCUCUGAGCAGUAAAAACAUAAAUAAUAUUCUUAGUAGUAAGCUUAUAACUGGCAAUGUGGUUAACUGGAAAUCCUUAAAAUACAAUAUUUAUGGGAAAAGCAUUCUUCUGGAAGAUGUAUGUCCGGUAUAUUACAUUCCUGGGUGUCUUCAAGGUCAUGCAUAAAGGGAUUUAAAAUAAUCAGAUAUACUCAGCUGAUCUAUUUCUAUGAUUAAUCAAAUUCAUUUGAAUAAUAAUUCAAAUUAAUCUUAAAACGGAAUCUGUACAAAUUAAAAAUGACAUACAGUAUACUGUUAGAUACCUUAAUAUGUUAUGAUACGUAAUUUUAUAACUGAACAUAAUUUCAAAUGUAAUCUUGAAAAAAAAAGUAAUAUUUGGGUUAAAUGAAUGUGUAAUAUAAAUAAAUAAUAAUAAAAAAAAAUUAAAGUA